CGUCACCCACCCCCUCUUCUCUUCCGCCACGGGCUCUCCAUGGAGCGGCUCAAAUCGGCGGUUCCGGCCGAGCUCCGGCGGGCCGUCGGCGAGGGCGCGGCCGCCGACCUCCCAACCACAACCUCUCGCUUGCUCGCCUUCUUUGAUAGCCUCCCGCUCUUCCACCAGGUUAUGCGAGAGCUUACCGACCCGGAGCUUGCUCUGUGUCGCAAGGACAAGGGGAGGGCAGCCGAAUUGAAGGGCAAGGGCAAUGCGUGCUUCUCAAGGAGGGAAUUUGGUGAAGCUCUCGGGUUCUAUUCCCAGGCAUUGCGUCAUGUCCCGACUAAUUCAGAUGGCAUGGAUGUGAACUUGGUAUCUGCAAUAUAUGCCAAUCGUGCCUCGACGAUGCAUAAAUUAGGUCUAUUUAAAGAGUCUCUAAGGGAUUGCGACAGGGCCAUUGCCGUUUCAUCUAAUUAUUCUAAGGCAUGGUACAGGAAGGGAAUGGUAAAGGCAUCGCUUAAGAAUUAUUCAUCUGCCAUACAUGAUUUGGAGGUUGCAUUGAGCACGGAAAUGACUUCUUUAGGGAAGAGUAACAUAGAACAAGAGCUGAAGUUGAUUUUACAAAAACAAGAAAAUGUCAAUGAAGUUGGGACAUCAGACUGUGGUAGCAAGGAUGCAGAUGUGCCACUUGCAGAGCAACCUCAGAAGGUUAUUAUAGAUAGUAUCUCAACACCCAACAAAGGUAGAGGAAUGGCAUCUAUCAAUGAUAUUCCACCAGCUUCAUUGAUUCAUGUUGAGGAUCCUCUGGCUGUGAUUAUCAUGAAAUCUUCCCGUGAAACACACUGCCACUUUUGCUUUAAUGAAGCUCCAGCAGAUGUUGUAUUCUGUCCUUUGUGUACAAUACCAAUUUACUGUUCAAAAAGGUGCCAGGAGCAAGCUGUAGGAGAUAUUUCUUGUAAUCAAGAUACUUAUCUUGAGUAUGAUGAUCAUGCAACAAGUCUUGCAAAACUGAGCAUAACUUCUAGUUGCAAGUCUCCAAGCUCUAAACUGUUCGCUGAACAUAGGCAUGAAUGUGGAGGUGCUCACUGGGCAGCUGUUUUACCAGCUGAUAUUGUUUUAGCUGGACGAAUAAUGGCACGAGACAGAGAAAAAAGGAUGCUGUAUGGAAAGAGUGUUGCUAGUUCUGGCCCAAAUCUGGAUCUGGUUCACCAUUAUGAUCAUCAUUCGCCUGAUAACAAGUUGGAGUCCCAGAUAUAUGCAAUUAUCCUAUUAUUAUGCCUCCAAAACCAUUAUAGAUCAGAUCUUUCAUGGACAGAAGAUUCUUUAUCACAGCUGGUUCUUUUGAUAUUUCAAAUUAAAGUCAAUUCAAUUGCAAUUGUUCGUAUGAAAUCGAUGGAUGGAGGCCCAGAGCUCACAGUAAAUAAAGGUGUUUCUGCAGCUGAAGGUGCAAACAUGUGUAGUGUGGAGCAGGUCAGGGUUGCUCAAGCUAUUUAUGUAUCGGGUAGCCUGUUCAAUCACUCAUGCCGACCCAAUGUACAUGCAUAUUUUCUUUCACGCACUCUCGUUCUAAGAUCUACAGAAUUUAUAAAAUCCGGGAGCCCAGUCGAACUGUCAUAUGGUCCACAGGCUGGUGAGAUGCAUCUUCCAGACAGGCAGAAGUCACUUCAGGAGAAUUACUACUUUAGUUGUCAAUGUUCAAGUUGCUCAGAGCUAAAUCUAUCAGACCUUGUCAUGAAUUCAUUUUGUUGUCCACAAAGUAACUGCCUUGGUGCCAUAUCAGAAUCAACUUACUACAGGUCCAAAGAGAAUUUUGUCCAUGUUUCCCUAGGAGGAUCUUAUGUCUGGAAACUGUCAUUGCCUGAUGUAUCAAAGGUUGGUAAGGAUAUGGAGAAAGUCGCUAGAUCUCUUCUUGGAAAUAGUGGUGCCAGUCUGAACAUAGAUCCUGGGUGCUGCAUGAAUUGUAGAUCCCAUAUUGAAGUGUCAUCUGCUGCGGCUACAUCACACAGGGAAGCAUCAAAGAUCAAUAGGUUGAAGGAGAUUACAUUACUAGACAAAACUCUCAUCCCAGAGGCACUACAAUCUCUAAAACAACUCAAGAAACUGAGGCAUCCAUAUAGCAAGGUUCUUGCCCAGGCCCAAGACACAAUUGCAGAGGCCUUUGUAAAGGUAGGAGACCAAGAACAAGCACAAAAGCACUGCAAAGCAUCAAUUCAGAUCCUCGAGAAGGUAUACCACCCGAAACACAUCACCAUUGCACACGAGCUAAUCAAGCUCGUUUCGAUUCUGCUGUCCCUGGGAGACGGGGCAAGUGCAGCAGCCACAUUCGCACGAGCGGAGGCAAUAUUCUCCCUGUACUAUGGGUCUCAUAUGGAGAAGAUUUUAGCAUACAUGGGUACCCUGAAGAGAGCUCUCCGCUGCGAGUCCACCACCGGAGCAUGCUGACAAUCUACAGAUGGAAAUGGUCCUUACAGUUUUGCGGAAUCACAUACUCCUAUGUAACACUUACCAAGCAAUGGUACUCUAGGAAAAAACAAGAAUACUACCAUAUACCAAGCAUUAUACAAUAUUAUUACUUGAUGCAGUUCUGUUUGAUUCUGGACAGAUGAAACUAGAAAACACAAAUUAGCUGAAGCCAGUUCCUGGCUUCUGGAUUUUCAGAAAUGAGUUUCCGAGAUCAUCUUAAUCAAA